AUGCCAAUCUCAAAACAAAAGAUCCUUGCUGUACUCUAUAGUGGAGGAGAGUAUGCAAAGCGAGAGCCCAAGAUGUUGGGGACGAUUGAACGAAAGUUGGGUAUUGAGAAUUGGUUGAAAGAAAAUGGACACGAGUUAGUGGUGACGGAUGAUAAGGAAGGUCCCGAUUCUGAGUUCGCCAAACAUAUCGUCGACGCUGAUAUUCUAAUCACCACUCCCUUCCACCCGGCUUACUUGACUCGAGAGAUGAUCUCAAAAGCAAAAAACUUGAAGCUCUGUAUCACGGCCGGAGUGGGAUCCGAUCAUAUUGACCUCAACGCUGCCAACGAACGCAAGAUCACAGUAACAGAAGUGAGUGGAAGUAAUGUAGUCUCCGUCGCCGAACAUGUGGUGAUGAUGAUCCUAUCGUUAGUCAGGAACUAUAUGCCUGCCCACGAACAAGUCUCGAGUGGCGGUUGGAAUGUAGCGCAAGUUGCUUCGAAUGCGUACGAUCUUGAAUCAAAAGUGGUAGGAACCCUGGGUGCGGGGCGGAUUGGCUACAGAGUCCUUCAACGGCUUGCUCCCUUCGAUUGCGCUGAGCUUCUCUACUAUGACUACCAACCACUAAAACCUGAGCUGGAGAAGAAGGUAAAUGCGCGACGUGUCACAGAUCUUAAAGAGUUUCUGGGUCAGUUGGACGUCCUUACAAUUAAUUGUCCAUUACACGAAGAAACCCGAGGAAUCUUGAACAAAGAAAGCCUGAGCUGGAUGAAAAAAGGUGCUUGGAUUGUCAACACGGCCAGAGGAGCUUUGGCCGUGAAAGAAGAUGUUGCUGCAGCGCUUGAGUCUGGUCAUAUAGCUGGCUACGCAGGAGAUGUAUGGGAAAUACAACCUGCUCCGGUGGAUCAUCCUUGGAGAAAGAUGAAAAGCCCACAUGGGACCGGAAACGGGAUGACAGCUCAUUACUCAGGUACUACCCUUGAUGCUCAAGCUCGCUAUGCAGAAGGUACCCGCAAGAUUCUUGAAGACCAUUUUGAAGGGAAAGACCAAGAACCCCAAAAUGUAAUUGUUAUAGGUGGACAAUAUGCAAGCAAGGCGUAUGGACAACGCAACGGAUUCAAAUGA